AUGACCAACAUCCGGUGGUUUUAUAUCAAGUCAGCUACCAUCGGACAAGUUGUUUCCGUCGACUCCAAUGCCAACGAAAAUGAUACCCUUCGAUCCCAAGUUUACGUGAGACGUCCAGAGAAAACAGAUAAUGAAUUAUGGUGUUGGGAAGGGCGUUAUCUUGUCAAUAAAUCAAGCCGACUCGUCCUUGACAUUCGAAAGGGCAAGCUACGUUUGAUCGAGGACACUGACAUUUGCGUGUAUUCCAAGAAACCAGCAGAUGAAGCAUCCAAUCAACUAUGGGAUUUUCAAAAUGUGACAGAUGACGGCGAAGUGGUUCGGAUCUUUUCUUACUCCAACAAUGACUGGGUGCUUGACAUACAAUUCAAUGGAAGAGGCGAUCGAAAACUAGUGCUUGCUCCACGACAGCCAUUUGAUGAUGAGAGCCAACGAUGGGUGUUUGUCCCCACGGCAAUCGAUGGGAAUGAUGAUGCUGCGCUUUCUGGGGACAUGCCAUCAUUCGAGGUUGCACCUAUCCGCGUAGAUGCAUAUAAAGCAAGUCAUCAACUCGUCUUUUUGGAGGGUAAUCCCCAUUUAAGCGACAAAAGGAUCGCUAUGGCAGCGGCUUACCAUGUAUGGAAAGCCUGGAGACAAGAAAAUGCAUUACAAAAGUAUCAUGAUGACGAUAAUAGAGACAAGAGCAGUUCUAAGGCUGUUCAAACGCAUUUGCAGGAGAUGGCAAAAGUUGAGGCAUCGAGGAUCUUUGAUGAAUCUGAUCAGUUGAACAAUCACAAGGAGACAGCUAUUUCUUUGGCAGAACGCUUGGUGAUCAAUCUCUAUCUGCUUUCUCCACAACAAUUUAUAUGA